UUUUGAUGGCGCGGAGCAUUAUGUGCUAUUCACUGUCGUGCCUCGGUUAUAUAAAAAGAGCGCACUUGAGCCGGUGGAGAAAAGCUUGUGAAGAGCGACGUUUUGUGAAGUUAACCCGUGUCCGCCUGCGUGGACACAUGCUGGCUUCAGCGGAUGCCCGAAGGAAACCGAGCAGCAUCUGGCUUUUUCUACAACUCCCCACACAGUCUGAAUGUCUGCGCAAAACUCUUCUGGAAAAGUAGCUUAAAAAAAGUGACAAUGGAUGCCAAAGAGGCAGCAAGUGACUCAGUCAGCAUUCUGUCUUGGGAGCAAGUGAAUCGUCUGGAUGAGGUCCUGACUGAGGUGGUGCCUGUCCACGGCCGUGGCAAUUUCCCCACACUGGAGGUGCGUUUGAAGGACAUUCUGGCUCGGGUGCACUCCAGUUUGACACUAAGUGGCAUACGUGUGAAAGAUGUGCGUCUGAAUGGCUCGACGGCCAGCCACGUACUGGUGCAGGACCUGGGAUGGAGCUACAAGGACCUGGACGUCAUUUUCAGGGUGGACUUGCCGCACGAAUCUGAAUUCCGGCUCAUCCGUGACGUGGUGCUGGGCACCCUGCUGGACUUCCUCCCUGAGGGCGUCAACAAGGAAAAGAUCACAGCCACAACACUGAAGGAGGCCUACGUGCAGAAGCUUGUCAAGGUCAACACCGAACAGGACCGCUGGAGCCUCAUUUCGUUGUCCAACAACAAUGGCCGUAACGUGGAGCUCAAGUUUGUUGACUCCAUCCGCCGCCAGUUCGAGUUCAGCGUUGACUCCUUCCAGAUUGUCCUUGAUUCUGUUUUGGCUUUCUAUGAAGUUGAUAACGCAGCGCCCAUGUCGUCUGAGCACCACCCGGCAGUGAGCGGUGAGAGCAUGUACGGCAACUUCAAUGCGGCACUGGGCCACCUGCGUGACAAGCUCAUCGCCACAAAGCGGCCCGAGGAGAUCCGCGGCGGUGGCCUGCUCAAGUACUGCAACCUUUUGGUACGGGACUUCCGGCCCGCCAGUGAGGAAGAGUUCAAGGGCCUGGAGCGCUACAUGUGCUCACGUUUUUUCAUCGACUUCCCCGACAUCAGCGAGCAGCAGCGCAAGGUGGAGGCUUACCUCCAAAGUCACUUUGUUGGCGAGGAGGCCAGCAAGUACGAUUACCUCAUGAUUCUCCGUCGUGUGGUCAAUGAGAGCACAGUGUGCCUCAUGGGCCACGAGCGACGCCAGACUCUGCACCUCAUCUCGCUCAUGGCCUUUCGCGUGCUCGCCGAGCAGAAUGCCAUACCUGAUGCAUCCUGUGUCACCUGCUACUACCAGCCAGCACCAUACGUGCGAGACCACAACUUCAGCAAUUACUACGUGGCCAAUCAAAACAUUCCCACAUGGCUGCCAUGCAACUGAUAGGAUAGCGGGUAGGAAGUGGGGGGACGCAUGUGACAGGCUGCUCCCCCUGAUUGUAAGGGGCGUAAAAAUGAAACGAGGUUACAGCUUAUUCUAAAUCAAGUGUUUCAUCUUUAUUGAACCCUUUCCCGUUUCGUUCUUUUCUGACAUGUCAGUGUGAUACAUUUUAAGUGUUAUUCCCACUUUUCUUUCUAGCUGGGUGAAUCCCCCCCCCCCCCAAAAGUUAAUAGGUAGAGUCUGAUGAUGAUGAAGCCUCCCCACCCUCCUGGGAUUAUGGAAAAAAAUUAAAAAUGGUAUCCAAGGGGAAGUGUAAUCAGAUGGUAGGCCCAAAACAGAAGAGAGACGGAGCUGGGGGGGGGGGGGGGGGGGCGAGGCGAGCGAGGUUAACGUUUGGGCUGGUUCUGAUGUGUUCUGAGUCAAUUUUCUUUUAAUAUAGUUUUUGAUGUGUAAUCGCUUGUCGCUUUAGUUAAAAAAAAAAAAAAAAAAAAAAAAAAAAAUUCCAGUGUACUCUUUGUGCAUUACUGUCACGUAUUAGUCCAGUUCGGUACAGUAGGGCUCAAAAUGGUCAUCUGACCAUACAUCCCUAUGGGAAGGGCACCCCUGUGAAAGACGAGUCCAUCUCACAUCUUCAAGGCGCAUUGAACGGCUGAUCAUUCCAACUCAGUUGUGCAGAUUUGACCCCA